AUGUUCACCAAAACUAUUGCCGCCGUGUCGGCACUGUCACUCUUUGCAUCGACUGCUGUUGCUCUCGAUGCCAGCUUGAAGAACAAUGUUGCCAUCUACUACGGACAAGGUUCGGGCCAGGAUCGUCUCAGCCACUUCUGUGAGCAGACCUCAAUGGAUAUCAUCAACAUCGGUUUCAUCAACGAGUUCCCCCAAUCCGUCGGUGAUUUCCCUGGUUCCAACUUUGCCAAUCAGUGUGAUGGCUCCUUCUUCCCUGGCUCUUCACUCCUGUCUGGCUGCCACCAAAUCUGGGAGGACAUUCCCAAGUGUCAGGCUGCUGGAAAGAAAGUCCUCCUCUCCAUCGGUGGUGGCAGUGCCACCGCUGAGUCCCUCCCAGACGACAAGACUGCCGAGUGGUUUGCUGACUUCCUCUGGUACUCUUUCGGUCCUUACAACUCCAAGGUCGCAUCUUUGUCUUGGACCACUGCCUUGCUUACCACGGCUUUCCCCCGUCCUUUCCAAACUGUCGCUGUUGAUGGAUUCGAUCUCGAUGUUGAGUACAAUGGCGGUGUUGGCUGGGCUGCCUUUGUCAACCGUAUGCGCUGGCACUACUCUACGGUCUCUGACAAGACCUACUAUAUCUCCGGCUCCCCCCAGUGCCAAAUCCCUGAUGCUCAGCUGAGUGAUGCCAUCAAGAACUCCGUCUUUGACUUCCUCUGGGUUCAGUUCUACAACACCCCAUCUUGCGCUGCUUCCAACUUUGCCAAUGGCACCUCCGGUUUCAACUUUGACCAGUGGGUCGAUGUCGUCCAAGCCAGCGCCAACAAGGAUACCAAGCUCUUCAUCGGUCUUCCUGCUUCCAAGACUGCCGCCAACCCCGGCAACUACCUGACCCCUGAUCAAGUCCAGCCCCUAGUCGAGACCUAUAUGAAUGCUUACCCUAAGCAGUUUGGUGGUCUUAUGCUUUGGGAAGCUACCGCUGGUGACGAGAACGUUAUUGAUGGUACUACCUACACUGAGCACAUGAAGGAGAUUCUGUACGGCUGCGCCCCUCCUCCUGUUACUUCUACAACUGCUACCCCGACCCCUUCCGCCACCGUCACCCCCUCCAGCACCGUAACUCCCUCUAGCAUUGCUACUCCCUCCAGCUCUGCUACUCCCUCCAGCUCUGCUACUCCCUCCAGCUCUGCUGCCCACCCUAGCUCCGCUGCUCCCUCUACCUCCGCUGCUCCCUCUAGCUCCGUUGCUCCCUCCAGCUCCGUUGCUUCUAGCUCCGCUGUCCCCUCCGAGACCCCUUGCGAGUCGAGUACUGCUUCCAGCUCUGCUGCCCACCCUAGCUCUGCUACUCCCUCCAGCUCUGCUACUCCCUCCAGCUCUGCUACUCCCUCCAGCUCUGCUACUCCCUCCAGCUCUGCUGCCCACCCUAGCUCCGCUGCUCCCUCUACCUCCGCUGCUCCCUCCAGCUCCGUUGCUCCUUCCAGCUCCGUUGCUCCCUCCAGCUCCGUUGCUUCUAGCUCCGCUGUCCCCUCCGAGACCCCUUGCGACUCCUCUUCUUCUGCUGUCGCCAGUAGCUCCGUGGCUAUCUCCUCCACUGGACGCCCUGCUCCUCGCCCCUCCACCACUGGAAAGCCUGUCCCAAGCUCUACUCCGCUGGUCACGAGCUCUUCCAGUGCCUCGGCUUCCGCGACUGAGUCUGCUGCUCCCUCUGGUGCUUCCUCUGGAGCUUCCUCUUCCACCGAGUCCAAUGUCUCUUCCACUGUUGAUAGCGCCAGCUCGUCAGUUGCUCAGUCUGCCGGUGCUCAGUCUACCGGUGCUCAGUCUACCGGUGCUCAGUCUACCGGUGCUCAGUCUACCGGUGCUCAGUCUACCGGUGCUCAGUCUACCGGUGCUCAGUCUUCUACCGGUGCUCAGUCUACCGGUGCUCAGUCUACCGGUGCUCAGUCUACCGGUGCUCAGUCUACCGGUGCUCAGUCUUCCGGUGCCCAGCCUACCGGUGGCGACUCAGUCACUGUCACAGCCGCUCCCUCCGUGACUGCCACUCCUUCUCCCUCGGCUCCUGGUACUAUCACCACUAUCAUUGUUACUUCUUACAUUGAUAUCUGCCCCACUGGCUUCACUACUAUCACUACAACUAUCACCACUACCUGGUGCCCUGGUAACUCCCCUGCCACCGCUACCGCCACUGGAACGGCUCAAAUUACUGCCCCUACUGGAACAGCUGAAGUGACUGCUCCUACCUCCGGCCCGGCCACUUCCACUGCUGAUAUCCCCGAGGGCUGGACUACCACUGUGACCGUCUGCACUCACUGUGCUGCCACCCCUACUACAGUGACCCUCACCAAGCCCGCCGCUACUGCCCCGGCCACCACCGAGGCUGUUUCGCAGACGACCGCUCCUUCAGUGCCCGAGGGUUACACUACCACUGUGACGUUCUGCCCCAAGUGCGGUCCUUCUGGUAGCACCGUUACUGCCACUGUUUCCAUCGCCAGUGCCACUGGUCAAGGAUCCAGCUCCGGCUCUUCUGGCCAAGGCUCCGACUCUAGCAAGCCCCAGGUCACUGUGACUGGUGCUGUCCCCGUGGCUCCUUCGUCCUCAUCCAAGGCCAUCUUUGGCACUGGCAUUGGAGGCUUCCGCCCCGGUCGCCCAUCCUCCACUCUGGCCUUCCGCCCUUCCACUUCGGCCUCGGCCGCACACACCGUUGCCACCACCGGCGCGACCGCUGCCACCAACAGCCCCGUUGCUCCCAGCAGCACUGACGAGGGUGUCUCCCCUGUCUACACCGGUGCUGCCUCCAAGGCCGUCACUGGUGUUUUCGGUGGCCUUGUCGCCGUCGCCCUCUCCAUGUUCAUGAUUCUGUGA